AUGGCGACCCGUUACGCUAACAAUAAUAAUGCCCAACCUCUCCCGUCUCCUCCUAUAACUUCCUCCCCGACAUCUCCACGACGCACUCGAGGGAUUAGUUUUGGCGGCAAAUCGGAAAAGUCGCAUCGCUCUAACGGCUCGAACGGGGGAAAGAUUUCGCUGCACGAAACGCCGGAAGAGAAAGCGAAACGAGUUUUGCAUACGAAAGCUGAUCCGACGCUCGCUAUGAAUGAAGCUCAGCCUUCGAUGGUGGCGGCGCUGGAAAAGUCGAAUUUAGGAUCGUUGAGGUCUCUUCAGCACAAAGAUCAGUUUGGGAAUGUUAUAACUGAUCCUGAUUUGUCGAAUCCGACUCGUCCUCGUUUCGAAAGACCCCUCGAUACUAUCCGCUCGUUUGAGGCUGCAAUUGAUGGAAGCUAUCACAGCCGUCGCAUGUCAUAUGUCACGGAUGCAUCGCAAAGUCGACCAACCAGCUACUACGGCGGCAACGACCACAACCAAAACUACGGACGUCCGUCGAUGUCUCGACCAGACAGUUACGCCGACCACGGCGCAUCUGGCUCAAAUGGAUAUUCGCACCCGGCACAGCGACGACCGCGCCAUGCCAAUAAUCGCAUGAACUCGGAUUAUGCCAAUGGAAAUGGAUACAACCAACAACAGCAACAGCAAUUCUACCCCAAUUCGCCCUAUCAACGAUCAAACGACAACUUCACCGCGGGUUCUGGGUCCGCAAACACCGAUCAAUGGGGCAACUCUACGGAUCCAAGCUCGGUAAACAGCUCAUUCGACCGACUACAGCAACAAGCCGCGCAACACAAACAAUACCAGCAGCAACAACAACAAGCCGAGAGUUAUGGAUUCAAUGGCUUCGGCGGUAAUCCAGAUACUUCAAUCCAGCAACAAGACUAUCGCAACGGACCACCACCGCCGCCGCCUCAUGGACAGUCGUAUCAAAUGAAUGGCCGAGCAGGCGCAUCCAUGUCCUCGCAACCGUUCAACCCGCCAUUGCCAGCUCCCGUGCGGAAAGUAGCCGACGACGACAAAAAGUCGAAACGCGGUAGUUGGUUCAAGCGACGGUUCAGCAAGGAUUAA